AUGCAUUUGCGCUCUGCCGACUUUUGCCUGUGCCUGUGUCGGGUCCGGGUCGUCGCAAUCAAGACAUCGGAGCAGAGACCGGAGGAGACCAGCCGGGCUAAAUUAACUCCGGUGCCUGUGUUGGCUGUCACAACUCUUCGAAACCCUGAUGAUUUCCCUGCGUUGCAGCUUUUCCUGCUAGCCAUUGUCCGCCUCGCGGAACCAAUCGCCCUCACUUCCAUCUAUCCAUACGCCUGGGCUCUUGUCAAGCAAUACAAUUUCGGUGACGAACAAGAUGCUUCCUUCUACUCUGGUAUCCUCAUCUCGGCCUUCUCUCUGGCCGAGGCUGUCAUGGGCAUGUACUGGGGGGGCCUCUCUGACCGAGUCGGCCGCAAGCCCGUCUUGAUCCUUGGCUGCGUAGGUACCAUGUUUAGCAUGGUCAUGGUCGGUUUCGCCUCCAACAUUUGGAUUGCUUUGCUCGGUCGCGCUAUUGGUGGUUUCCUCAACGGCAACAUUGGUGUCAUCCAGACCAUGGUUGGUGAACUUGUCACAAAGCCCGAACACGAACCCAAAGCGUUUGCUGUCAUGCCAUUUGUCUGGAGCAUUGGUACCAUCAUUGGUCCUUGCAUCGGCGGCACAUUUGCUGAUCCCGCUGACUCUUGGCCCGAACUGUUCCCUCGCGAUGGCUUGUUCGGUCGCUUCCCGUACCUCCUUCCAAACCUUCUUUGCGCAUUUCUGCUUUUCAUCAGCAUCAUCUUGGGCUUCUUCCUCCUUGAGGAAACCCACCCUGAUAUGCAGCCCCGAGUUCUGCUCCCUGCGGACACCUACGUCUCGGAAGAGACUCCGCUGAUGGAAACUUCAGAUGCCAUGAAGCGUCCUGCCAUCGACCUACGCGCAGAGACUUACGGAACCAUGCGAGAGACUAGCGAACAACGCCAAGAAGCCAUUGAGUCUGAAGAGAAGUCCCUCUUCUCUGUUCCCGUGUGGAACAAGCGCGUCGUCGGCUUCAUCAUCGCCCUCUCCAUCUUCACCUACCACUCCAUGACCUACGACCACCUCAUGCCCAUCUUCUUCGAAGAUGAGAGAGCCUCGACUCUCGUGUCCGCGCUCAAGGUCGGUCUCAUCAUGGCCGUCAACGGAGGCAUCGCCCUGUUUGUCCAAGCAGUCAUCUUCCCGCUCGCUGCGGAGAGAUUUGGUGUGUACAGACUCUUCCUCAUCGUGACAGUGCUCCACCCCAUCAUCUACGCCAUUGUCCCCUUUCUUCUCUACGUCCCCGAGUCCAUGCUCUUCCCUGCCAUCUACUCUUGCUUGGCCGUGCGAAACAUUCUCUCCAUCACCCUCUACCCUCUCCUCCUCAUCCUCAUCAAGGAGGCUGUUCCCACUUGGAGUGCUUUAGGCAAGGUGAACGGCCUGGCUGCUAGCGCUGGUGCAGCAUGCCGCAUGAUCGCACCUCCUAUUGCAGGCUAUCUGUAUACCGCUGGUAGCAAGAUUGACUGCACCGCUCUGGCUUGGUAUGGCAGCGUCCUUGUCGCUAUCGCCGGGUCCAUCCAGUGCUUCUCUGUUCCGCGACCACGAGUUGAUCGAUCGGAAGAGAGUGCAGCCCAAUACACUCAGGUCGCCGCUGAAGUUUCAGUUGCUGACAGAGAGUAG